CUGCUCGAUCUGAAACCAGCCAGGGGAAGGAAGGCAGGUAUAGCUCGCCUAGGGUUUCCGCCGCCGGCGAUGGGCGCCCUCACCGGCAAGCGCUUCUCCGCCGACCAACGCCCGCCCUCCCCUACACCUCCCUCCAAGAGGCCCAAGUUCGCGCCCCCCCUCCCAAUCUCCUCUCCUCCGCCUCUCUACUCGUCUUCGCACCUCCCCUCCCCGCCCCCCUCGGCCGCGCCGGGGCCCACUUCCUCGACCGCCGCCACCGCCUCCACCUCCUCCUCCCCAUCUUCCUCGCUCCCCCAUCGCCGCCGCCGCCGCCCCCAGCCACCGGAGCCCCCGCGCAACUUCCAUGCGCCCCAACGCGCCAGCCGCGCCUUCCGCCGCGGAAAUAUCCGCUCCAACUCCAAUCCAUCGCGGGAUUCUUCGUCCCCGCCACCCCAAGAUCGCGGCCUCGACCAGUACCUCGAGCUCGUCAAGAGCGUCGACCGCCACCCGCCGCCGCUUACUCCCUCUGCUGCUGAUGCGCCAAGAGGGCCUGAAGAUGCCGCUGAGGUGAUCACCAUCGAUGACAGGGAGGAUAUAGAGCAGGACGACGACAAAGAUAAUGAGGACGAGCUGGAGGCUAAGGUGGUAGUGGGGAAGGUGCCUCUGUACAAGGAGCUGCUCGAGGCGUCCAACCGGCAGCGUGAUCCCAGGAUCAGGGAACUUGAGUUUAAGACGCGCCUCGCUGAGAAAGAGAGACUUGGGCUUGAGCAGCUCGCGAAGGUCCUCCCGCAGAUCACGCCCAACAAAAAGGAGGUGCCUGAACCGUUUGUUCCUCUAACAGCUGAGGAUGAGGACAGAGUUCGUCAUGCUCUUGGUGGCAGGAAAAGACGUGAGACAUUAUCUGUGCACGAACCUUCAAAUAUUGUCAUAACAAGAGAGAUCUUGCAGUGCUUGAAUGAUAAAGACUGGCUAAAUGAUGAGGUCAUAAAUUUGUACCUUGAGCUUCUGAAAGAGCGGGAACUGAAAGAGCCUAACAAGUUUGUAAAAUGUCACUUCUUCAACACCUUUUUCUACAAGAAGUUGAUCAAUGGUGGGUAUGACUAUAAGGCUGUUAGGAGAUGGACGACCAAAAGGAAGUUAGGGUACAACCUAAUUGAUUGUGAUAAGAUUUUUGUUCCCAUACACAAGGAAGUGCAUUGGUGUUUAGCAGUCAUCAACAUAAGGGACAAAAAGUUUCAGUAUCUGGAUUCACUUGGCAGCAUGGAUACGAAGGCCCUGAAACUCUUAGCCAGGUAUCUUGUGGAUGAGGUAAAAGAAAAGAGUGGCAACGAGAUUGAUGUUCUUUCAUGGAAGCAGGAAGGAGUCCAAAAUCUUCCUUUGCAGGAGAAUGGAUGGGAUUGUGGCAUGUUCAUGCUCAAAUACAUUGACUUCUACAGCAGGGAUAUGGAUCUUAUUUUUGGACAGAAAGACAUGCCUUAUUUCCGGAGGAGGACUGCCAAGGAAAUAUUGGAUUUGAGGGCUGGAUAAAGAAGGGCAUCAUCGUAGGUAAAAGGAAUGUUCAAACCAGCGGCUAGUAAUGUAUUUAAUAGAAUGCAGCUGCCUUUCCUGGAGUGCUGAAUGCAACGAUUUUCGGAGCUACCCCGUUGCAAGUCAUUAUGCAACAGUCAUUAUGCAACGAUCAAAGCUCCAGGCCCUUCAGAUUUGCUUGCAUUAGCACAAUUGGCUGACAGCUAGCCAUUGGCGGACAGAAAGGCAUUGCCAAACGUGGUUUAUGUCUGGCUGUUAGAGCCACUGAGAUUUGAGACGGGGUGUCGUUGGAACUCGUAUUUAAUGGUUGGGUAUAGACUUUGGGUAGUAUGCUGUCGCAUUAUAGCGUGAUGUAAGUUCCAUUGUAGGCAUCCAGCCUGUGAGCGGUACGUUAUGAUUGUAUGAUCUGCUUCCGUGCAGCUACAGUUUCGUGGGACGCAACCAUCUUCUAAUUAUUUUCCUUUUCUUA